GAAGCCGAGUGACUCUCAGCCACGUGGGGAAGGCAUUGCUGGUGCUGGAGAGGCGGAAAGCUCUGAGCCCGGUGCUCGGCUUGGCUGUUUCGGGCCGUAGCUAUGGCGCAGCUUCAGGCUCGCUUCUUUACUGAAGAUACGAGAUACACAGUAGACGAUGUUCCUUUCUCCAUCCCAGCCACGUCUGAAACAGCUGACCUCAGUAACAUUAUUAACAAACUACUGGAAGCGAAAAAUGAGAGCCACAGAUAUGUGGAAUUUGACUUCCUUAUCAAAGGUCAGUUCUUGCGAACGGGCUUGGUCAAACACAUGGAAACAGAAAAUAUCCCUACGGAGGAAGUAGUGGAAAUAGAGUACUUAGAGAAGUACACGGCCCCUCAGCCAGAACAAUGUAUGUUUCACGAUGACUGGAUCAGUUCGAUUGCAGCUACAGAAGAAUGGAUUUUAACAGGCUCUUAUGAUCAGACUUCCCGAAUCUGGACAGUAGAAGGCAAACCUAUAACAACUCUUGCUGGGCACGUAGAUGUGGUAAAAGACGUGGCCUGGGUGAAGAAAGAUGGCUUGUCGUGCCUUCUACUGAGCGCCUCUUUGGAUCAGACAGUCCUGCUCUGGGAGUGGAAUGUGGAAAAGAACACGGUGAAAGUGCUUCACCGUUGCCGGGGACAUGCCGGAAGCGUAGAAUCCCUGGCGGUUGACGGCUCAAGAACUAAAUUUUGCAGUGGAUCCUGGGAUACAAUGUUAAAGAUCUGGUCUGCAGUGCCUACAGAUGAAGAAGACGAAAUGGAAAUGGAGGAAGUAGCUGACAGGCCAAGGAAAAAGCAGAAAACUGAACACUUGGGACUCACAAGAACUCCGCUUACCACUCUGUCGGGUCAUACGGGAGCAGUCUCCUCUUUACUCUGGUCAGAUACGGAUGAAAUAUGCAGCGCUUCUUGGGACCACACAAUCAAGGUGUGGGACAUUGAAACGGGAGGCCUCAAAUCCACUUUGACUGGAAGCAAAGUGUUCAACUCCAUUUCCUACUCACCGCUGUGUCGGCGUCUAGUCUCUGGAAGCACAGACAGACACAUCAGGUUAUGGGACCCUCGCACCAAAGAUGGUUCCCUGGUGCUGCUUUCACUUACCUCGCAUACUGGCUGGGUGACAUCUGUCAAGUGGUCGCCCACCCAUGAACAACAGCUGAUCUCUGGUUCUCUAGACAAUCUAGUUAAAAUUUGGGACACAAGGAGCUGCAAGGCUCCUCUUUAUGACUUGGCUGCUCAUGAAGACAAGGUGUUGUGUGUGGAGUGGACAGAAGCAGGGUUGUUGCUGAGUGGCGGAGCUGACAACAAGCUGUAUUCUUACAGAUGUCGAGCAAACACCUCAGAUAUUGGAGCUUGAAAAAGUCUCUGGUUUUCCCAUCGACAACAUUUCUUCUAUAGUUUCUUUUUCUUUCCUUUUUUGUAACCUGUUUUGAAGUAUCUGUAGAAAAUGAGUUUAGUUCUUGUUUAUAAUUACGUUGUUUCUUUGGUUGGCUUGCCAGGGCGAGGUGGGCGGGGUGUGUGUUUUUUUUGACAACAGCAUGUUUUUGUAUUUAAAGCUAGAUUAAUAAAACAACAUGCUUAACUAUUGCCUGGACUAAAUGUAUAUACAUGGUAGUGAGAGAUUUAUCUUAUGUAAUUACACAGUUUUAAAAAAAUAAAAUAAAUUAUGA